CGUAGAGUAGCCAGUUAUAGUUUGUAACGAAUUAAAGGCGAGACGGAAUCCGAACCGAUAUGUUGCUGCAAGCAUUAUUCUUAUUGUUGGCUGUUGUAACUGCCAAAGCUUCCGAAAAUAAAAGCCAGUGUGAUCUAUUGUCGAAUGACGAAACCAGACAGAAUACAUGUAUUUUGGCACCAGAAUCGGUCGAAGGUCCUUAUCACAUAGAUAAGCUGCUUGAGCGUUCAGAUGUUACAGACGGGGAACAAGGAAUUCCACUAGAGUUGACUUUCGUCAUAAGAGAUUCCGAGACCUGUGAAGUUCUACCAAAUAUCAUUGUUGAUAUCUGGCAAUGCAACGCAACGGGAUUUUAUUCUGGAUUCGUAAGUGAAGGUAAUGGGUAUGGCACAAGUCGCGGUAUACCUACAGAUGACUCGCGUUUUCUUCGUGGAAUUCAAACCUCAAAUGCAAAUGGAGAAGUAAAAUUCAAAACAAUCUAUCCAGGCUGGUACGUCAAUCGGGCUGUGCACAUUCACAUAAAACUGUACUAUGGCAUGAAUACAACCACAGCCAAAUACACUGGUCAACUGUAUUUCUCUGAAGAUAUGAACAACGCUGUUUCUAAUGUUUUACCAUACAGCGCUAUAAGAGAUUAUCGCACUCUGAACAGUGCUGACCAAAUUUUUAACAGUGACCAGGGAACGCAAACAACGUUACAAUUAACUGGAAGCGUUAUGGCUGGGUACACUGCAACAACUUUUGUGAUCGGAAUCGAACGUCCAGAUGACUCGAAUUCAGCGUCUUCUACGUUUAACCUUCACACAAUUUGGUGGGUGCUGGCCUUUCAGGUUUCGCUGGUAGUGAAGCGUUUCCUUCAGGCAGUGUAAA